CACGACCAUUGUAUGGCAAAUAUAAUACUGAGAGUAAAAUUCUUCUACUAAACCUCUAUAAACGCUGAAAGGUAGUCGUCACGAGGUGUCAUUGGUCAGUACCUACGAGAAAGAAGGGUUAACCAUGAAGCUCCUUUGUCUUGGACUAGUGUUAAGUGUUGUUCUUCACAUUGUUUGUGCACAAUGCCCGUGGUCACGUGAGUUAGUGGACCUUCACGCCGAUUGUAUCUGCGCCUAUAACAGUGUACAAAGGCUUUCUGUGCAAUGUAGUCCAGUGAACUUCACUCGUUUAAUGGCAGCCUUGCAACAAACAGUGCAGAACAUCCCCAUAGACCUACUCUACGUUAACAACGCCACAGUACCCUCUUUAUCUGAUGGCACGUUUCGUAAUCUUGACAUACAAAGUCUUCACUUAGCCUAUUCAAAGAUUACAAAUAUAUCAAACAAAGCAUUCGAAGGACUGGAGCGAAGUUUGACUAGUCUGAAUCUCGAGGGAAAUCGUUUAAUCCAAGUGCCCGUGGACCAGAUAGGAAGACUGACUUCUUUGAAACAACUAGAUCUCUCCAACAAUAGAAUCUCUUUCGUCCCUGAUGGUGCUUUCCAGAAUCUUCAACUGGUCACCUUAAAGUUGACCGACAAUGAGUUGAACGUCUCGAAAGAAGCCUUUCGCGGUCUCGAGGGAACCCUGAAAAACUUGAAUCUUCGUGAUAAUGGUUUAGAAGUACUACCGACCGCAAUAAAAAACCUUGAGGCGUUGGCUUUCCUUGAUUUAGGGCAAAACAAAAUUUCUCGUUUGGAGUCUGGAUUCUUCGAAAAAAUGUUCAGUUUGACAGCCAUAAAUCUGGAAAGAAACAGAGUUAGCAAGGUGGAGAGCGCAGCUUUCCACGGCGUAAAUGUUUCCUUGAGUUCAUUGUCUUUGCUGAGUAACCUGAUUGAAGAAUUUCCUUCCGAUCUUCUAUCUAUCCUCACUGAACUCAGGGUACUUGACCUGGGAUUUAACAAAAUUCAAGAGUUGCCUGUGGAUGCCUUUAAGUACAUUCCUUACCUCACUUUACUUGCUUUAGACGGUAAUCCACUUGAGACAAUUCCCCUGGCGGCGUUUAGACAUCUUAAUUCUACUCUAAGAGGAUUGAGUAUUGGAGGACUUUAUCUGAAGUGUGACUGUCGAAUUCGAUGGGUUGCACAGUGGAUUCAAAAGUAUGACCUUCAAGUGACAAGUCGAGAAAGGAAUCCUCAAUUUUGUGGAGAGCCAGACUCCCUCAAGCGUCGGAAAUUCACACAGAUAAAUCCAAAUGAGUUUGUCUGUGACAGUGAAACACUAAUUACUACUAUUGUACUGCCCACAGGAACUAAUACAAUUCCAUCUGAAGCCCCGACAUUCACUUCACCUGUUGGUCAAAACAGUAACAAGGGCUCAAAAAAACUACCGGGUUUCUCUGUAUCCCUCCAAGAUGCAGAUCGUUCUUCUACAGCAAAAAACGGCAGAAUUGCUGAAAUCGUUUCUCUAUCGUUUGAGAAAACUUCUACUACACCUUCUACCUUUACUACAGCAGUUGGGAUUACCAAGACAUUGACUUCGUCAUCACCAGAUCUCGCACAAGGUGACAUAGACAUUUUGGAUGCGUACAGAAAGGGAUCUUCAGCCGUUAUAGAAUGGAAACCUAAACCUUCUAGCUCUUCUAGAGUUCGUGUUGUUCAUAGAUAUUUCGGAGAGAAAGAGUUCCAGUACAGUCCCUUGUUAGAAUAUGGAAAGAAACGAUAUGUGGUUUCAGACCUUCUGGAAGACGCGUGUAUAGUAAUCUGCGUUACAACAAUAGAGAGCGUUUCUAACUUAAGCGAAGACUUAAUUCCUAGUAGUCAGUGUCGAGAGAUAAAGAACAAUCCAUACAGAGCAGCCGAAUUGGAUAAAAUUGUGAUAGCAGCUGCUGCAGCUGUUAGUGGUGUCAUUUUGGUGGCAGUAAUAGUGUUCGCUUGUUGUUUCUGUAGGCGUAAGAAAGCUAAACCGGUGCUACCUCCUCCACCACCUGCCAUCAUACCAGCUGUUAAAUCAGAUCAUGAGUGGGAGACGGUGUCGAUGUAUAGUGGUCGUAGUAUCCCAAGAGCUCGAAUAUAUAGCGUUGAUCCCACUGUCCAUAUAAACGGAUCGUACAACCACAAUUUUGUAAUGGACGACUCAAGAUCUCACAUGUCUCAAUUUUCUCAUAUGCCAAAUGUUUAUCCUAAAGUUAGGCCUACUGCUGAUGGCCAGUCUCAUCAUUCAUACUCUCAAUUCUCCAACAAGUACGGAAAUGGCCAUUCUCUUGGUCGCCCUGAGAUUCGCAAAUCUCAACAAUCUCUUUCCCAGCUCUCUGGUCACCAUUCUUACUUGGGGAGUCAUCUCUCGGCUUCUCCCCCAAAAAAGAAAAAAACCCGAAGAGACUACCGCCAAGUUAAUCGUCUCACAUCUGCUAGUUCUGUCCAUUCACUCACAGAAUACGAGAGUGACGGAAAUGGUCGGCCUGACAACCAUGGAGUAGAUCCGUAUGUGGACAAAAACAACGUAAUACCCACCCACACAAAUCACAGGAAAGAUUUUGGAGCUAGGUGAAACACUGGCGACGUGAAAUAGUGGUAUUGUGUUCAUUCACACAAUAUGUAAACUUAAACUUUAUCUGUAAUACUUUGGAAUUGUUUAACACGUGUUCCAGAUGAGCAUAAACUUGAGUCAUAGGGUAGUUCAAAUAUAGGGGCCCUUAGUAGUUGUGAAACUAAUAUUUCAAGUUAGUGCAGUGCUACAAAAGAAAAGUAUCUAACAAACACAUGGGUAGUGGUGUUCAGCUGGUAGCUGUAGAAAGUCAUUCUAGUUUUAAACAAUGCAAAAUUGCAAGGUCAACAAUGAGAACUCGAGACAACCAAUGAGGCGAAUCAAGCAAGCUCGGCGAUGUUUUCUUGCUUCGAGGUAACCCUCUUUCAACCUUGAUGUUUACUACACCAACAUGCAAGCGCUUUAGGGACCACCCAAGAAGUACAGAUAUACAAUCACUUUCAGUUUUAGUCAUUUCUCACAUGACCUUAUGCCUCUUUCUUGACUUUUUUACACAAUUGUUGCCUAGUUUUUCACUGUUUACAGACAGAUACGGGAGCGACAUUAUACCAUUAUUACAUAAAGUAAAGCUUUAACGUUUUUAUCGAGAUUAGGAAGAUGAUCGAUAUCUCUAAUUCUGCAAAACGCAGCAUAGUUGAAGACUAAAACAUUAAGGUCCAGUGUAUUUAACCCUUUUUUGCACGUUGUAACGUGCAGGUAACAAAUCUUUGUUGCUUAAUACAUAUACUUCAAUUCUGUAGUUGAAUGCUCUAAUUUCCAGAUAACAGUCUAAAUAAACUAUGGAAUUAUUUAUGUUGGUUUCUCAAUUGAACAAUAUUACAUCUAGGUAACGUACCCAUUUAUAACUUAUCAAAAUAUAUUUUACUAAAACAUUUUAUGUGCAAUAUAGAUCUAUUUAUGUAAGAAAUUGAAAGAAAACAUUUUUUCCACCAUGUUGUUUAGGUCAGAUAUCUCUAGGGUUCAGGUAUAGUCUAAUCAGAGAAGGAGCGACCAGUUAGCAGCACCUAUUGUACGGCAACACUUAAACAAAUAGCAAUAUUGAUUGUCACACUCAGGAAACCCCACAACUGAGAUUGCUGGGCCUGCUCAGUGGCACUUCACAUCUGAAAUCUGGGACUUGAAUUGGACGUUAUGAGACGCAUGGGCUGAAAGGCCAGGUACGAUAUCUCUAGAGUUCAGGUAUAACCGUCCUAAAUGUUUAACUUUGACCAGAGGGAAAGACCUCAGUAAUCGUACUACGAACUUUGGACCUUUCAAUCUGCAGUAGGCAGGCUAACCACUAGGCCACGCCCGUCACAUGCCUAAACGCAAGGCAAAUUUUUGUCAAAAUUACCUAUAAGUUUGUGAAAAAAUUAUAAUUUUUUUACCCGCAAUAACUGUAAAAAUAUAGUAAACGUUACUCUAAAAUCUAGUAAAUUGGCGUAUUUCAACACAAUUAUUUUAUAUAUGGAAAUAAUCAUACUCUGUUUUUUAUGCAUAGUUACAAUUUUCUAGCUAUUGGUUGGAAUUAAUCUAAAAGCAAUUAAACGUUAUUUGAACAGGGAAUG